AUGGACUUGUUUCAGAGACUCCGUCAUAAGCGUGAUGAUCAACGUCGAUAUAUUUUGAGCCUGCAGUCGAACAAUGAAAUAAUUUCUGUGUUGAUAUACCUUCAUGGAACCCUCGGAGAAUUCGACAGCUUUGUGAGCAGAAUGCCCAACUUAAGUUUGAAAGCCAGUAUGGAGUUGCUCGAGCAUGUUGCAACAUCCAUUUACUUGCUCAUUUUGGGUUCAUGCAAUCCACUGGUCACCAAAGGGGACCGGAUCCUGGGGCAUAUUAAAUCUCAACUGAGUGUAUUGUCGGCGGCGCGCCCUUUGAUUGAAGCUCUCUGGGACAAGGAACCGAUGCACGUACUUGAGUUCCUAAACUUCAUCACGUCGGAGAUAUUGUUCCUAAACGAGGUUCUUCAACAAAAAAGGAGCUUGGACUCAUAUACGUAUUUCUAUAUUACCCCCUUCGAUUGCAGCCUGAUUCGAAUGAGAGAAUAUAGGGGGUUUGCAGAAAGGCACGCCGCAGCACGCCUAAGGUGGCAUGCUUUCCAGAUGCGAGAUUAUAAAGAGCUAGUAGACUGCGUUCCAGAUUUCGGCAUACUCUAUAGUCACUUGGCCACCCGGCGCCAAGGAGACCACUUGCGGAUGCUUUCAAAGUUGGCAAACUCCUGUGGAGUCCGAGAGGUGCUCAAUAUGGCCAGUUUUACAGCACUUCCCAUUCACCUACCUUAUCUACAUGUUGAAGAUGUCGCUAGACUUUGCCAGCUUCUCUUCAGUGUCUCAGGUAGCAGUGUUGGCAUAAGCAGUGAGGAUGUCAUCAUUUCAUUCUUCAAGGGAUUUGGGAGUCAGGUGCCUCGAUAG